AUGGGUGGAUUGAAGCCUGAUUUGUUGUCUUUUCUCUUGACAUUAAUGGUUGUUCUUUUAUUCGUGCUUGUAUCCCAAGGUCUUGGACUUGCUUUAGGUGCUGCAAUAAUGGAUGCUAAACAAGCUUCCACAAUUGCAGCAGUUACAAUGCUAGCAUUUGUUUUAACAGGUGGAUACUAUGUUCAUAAGGUUCCAUCUUGUGUUGCUUGGAUCAAAUAUAUAUCCACGACAUUCUAUAGUUACAGGCUUUUGACUAGAAUUCAAUAUGGUGAUGGCAAGAAAAUUGCAUAUCUAUUGGGCUGCAAUCAUGAUAGUAGUAAUAUUGAUGGAGCUAACUGCAAAUUUCUUGAUGAAGAUGUGGUGGGUCAAAUGGGCCCAAUGGGAAGCAUUGGAGUGUUGUUUUUCAUGUUUGUGUUUUACAGAUUAUUGGCUUAUCUUACCUUGAGACGCAUCAAAAACUGA